UGUUUAAAGCGAUGUUCUUGUCGUCGCAAAACGGCCGUUGCUGCUUUUUUACGAAGUCCGUCGCGGUGGAUGACGCGAGCAAACUUGUGUUUGGCGAUGAGGAUGUUGACAUCGAAAUCGCGAAAAAGCCAUCCUCUACUUCCAGCUCCCAGCCGAACAGGAACACCGGUGCUGGUAACAACCGUGAUGCAAACCGUACGGCGCGGCAAUCUGGUGGUCCCGGCAAUAACAACAGCAAUCAACGACCCCGAGAGGUGGCCAGAUUUCAUUCCUUCGACUCCGACAGUGAUAUUGUGGAGGAAUAUGUCGAACCGACAGCACAGCGGGUCGGGAAUAACAGCGGCCGCCAGCAAAAUGAUUUUCAAAGCAAUCAUGCCAACGUCCGCGAGCAGUUGCUGGAGCGCACCACGUUUCAGGACAUGAUGCAUUCCUACUCCAACUGGAAUGUUAACAAUGCGAACAGCGGGAGCAGUAACAACGGUGAGGGAAUAGACAAUCAUCCCGGGCCCAAGCAACCCGCGGAAAACGCAAUCGGCUGGUUUUCCGAACAGUUGAUCAACAUAUGACAGUGCACAACUCCCCCGCCCCCGCAUUUGUCAUGCGAAAUACCUAAUCCACCCUUUGCCACGUGGCACUGCUUGCAUGACAAGUUCUGGUAGCCCAAAUAGCACUUUGCUAUGCAAAACCGGCAUUUCUUACGGGUGCUUGUAUUGCCGUUCACGCUAUACAAAUGAGGGGGAGGGGGGGUUGUGCAGUGUUAUACAACAGCGUGAACAUGCACAAGGAGGGCCUGCUGGGCGUGUGCCUCGCGCUGCAGCAGAACGCGGACAAGCGGAACUUGAUGGAACUGAUAUGAAUUGCAAAAGCAUCGUACUAGUAUGAAUUGCGUUACAAAUUUCCUCAGCGUGAUAAAUGGAAUUUAUAAUGCUGAUUGACCUUAAAAAAGAAUUGUAAUGCAUGACUGCAAUUACUACGAGUGCAAUACUUUUACUUUUGCACUGGAUAACUGAGCUGCAACUACGAUUUGCUGAACCUGAAAUCCUUCCGGGAUCUGAAAGUACGGGAGACGGUGUGGAAGGAGGAGUUCCACUUCUGGCUUCCCAUCGCGCACAACCAGUACCACUUCACGCAGUCUUUGCCUUUAUUGUUCGAGGGGCUGGAAAUUCUGAACAGUGAUUACUUGGCGAACGUGACGCAGUCACACGGCAAUUUGAAGAAGAGUCUCCCGAUCGUGCGGCAACUGACGGAGAGUGGGGAAGUGGAAAACAAACCCGCGGACAUGGAUUCGGUGUUCUCGGAGCUGCUGGAAGAGUACGGACCGGAGUGCACGCAAUCCAAGGAAGUCUUCUACAACCUCCAAGAGUUCCAGGUCGGCAAGGAGAAGCAGAACAAGCCGAAGAAGCCGGUCACAUGGGCCAAGGUGAUGAACAGCAAGCGGCUCGUAUUCUGAGUAAAAACCUCCCCACCCCAGAGUUGUCAUGCAAAUCUGCAUGCCAAGAACGUUGGUUUGUCAUGCGGAGCACCAUGAGAGGCAUUUUUUUUUCGUGUUUUGGAAUUUGUGAUGCUAUAAUCAGCAUGAUAUACGAGAUCUGUGAUGCUGCUGAACUACCUAAACAGGAAUACACUACGAGGACAAGCUUGUCAUGCCAAACUACCAAAGCCGGCUGAUUUGUCUAGCAGAUUUCCCAUCUUGACUCUGGUGUGCGGACGUUUUUACAAACGAUAGCUCGUGUCCUACCGCGAAUGGACCUUCUGCCGAAGCUUGAUCCUCGACGAGUCGGUGUCCAUUAAAGACUGCGUAUCAAACAGAAAAAUCCCCCCUCCCCAUAUCGAAAUGGAAAUCUGUGAUGCAGGAUUUGAGGCACCAAAUCGACUUGUCAUGCUAGAAGGCCAAGAGCCGCAGUCGUGGUCUCGUUUGCAGGCAAUUUGUCAUGCUGUUUCCCACUCUCAGCUGCCUCCUAUCAUGCUGAAGAUGCAAGGCUCCCCACGCCACCCAGCACUACAGUCCGCAUCUUUUCCCGUGUAGCAUGACAAAGCUGAUUUGUGACAACAAAUCUGCAUCACAGAUUUCCGUUUUGAUAUGGGGAGGGGGGAUUUUUCCUUUUGAUACUGCGAGAGGCUGAUCGCAAAGGUUGCGAAAUCUGGCCUCGGAUACACGCGAACCUCGGCCGAAUCGGGAUCCUUGCUAUUCUGCGAGUCGGACGAGGACAAUUUGAUUACGGAGGAAAUGUUUCCAACAAUUAGUGCAGACCAACAACAAGACGACCUGCAGAUGAAUCCGCAGCAGCAGAACCGCACCAGACGUGGUCGGUUUUACACGGAUUUGUUGUCGGAUAGCACUUCUUCCCGGGAGCCUCAGAUUUUCGCGGACGAUCCGGUCACGGACAAACACGUGCGACAAGCGAUCCUGUCCUCCCACGCCCCGGAUCCGAGUCGGUUGAGCGAGCCGGAGCAGCGGCAGCGGGCGAAAAUUCUGCGGACCACAACUUUGCCGCUGUCCCUGGUGAAGGACGUGCUGUCCUUCUACCCCAAAAUGCUGAACGUGCAGAUGAAGAACGUGUUUGGCGGGCAGGUGCACGCGAGCGCGAAGACGUUGGAGGGCUACUGCGGGUUUCACCACCAAUUUCUCUUACUGUGCGAGGACUUCCCGGUGAUCCGCGAGGCGGUGGAGAACAAAAUCGCGACCUUCGUCGGCGACGAGCACGAGCGGACCAAGUACAAAACGCCGAACAUGGGCGAGUUUCUGUGUCUGCUCGCGGUGUCCGACAAGUACCGGUGGGAACACGUUGCGGAAGCCGCGCUGUUCGAGUCCUGGGACCGCCGCACGUUCUGGGUGACGGUGAAGGAAAACAUGAGCGGAAACCCGAACCUGCAGGAUUGCGGGAAGCUGGGGAAGGACUUGGCGCACUGGUUCUUCACACCGCACAACCCAGUGGGGAACCGGACUUGGCUGUUCAACCACUGGUUCCUGAACAUCGUCGCGCAACAAACCCACAAGCACAGCAAACUCGCAACUGGGGAUAAUGUUCAUCUUGCGGGUGGUCGUGCUGCGGGUGAUCCCUCGUCAACAUCUGCUCUUAAUAUUAAUCAUGCGAAAUUCUGCAAGAACACGUCUUCGGUGUUGAAAAUCUACGAGCGGACCAAGGGCAUUCCGAGCAGUAAGUUAAUUGAACAGCUCCAAGACGCAAUGUUUUUCUUCUGCAACCACGUGAACGACUGGAACUCGUUCUUCUGCGCGGCGGGCUUCUAUCCCAUCAGCAACAAGCCGGUCGAGCCGGUUCCGGGCACCGCGCGGGCGCCGACAUUGCUGGACGAAGUUUUCGGGGACGCGAUCGAAAACAGCUUCCGCAAGGGCUACACGCGGCAGCUGUUGGUUGAUGGAAAACUGCACUACGAGAAGGAUCGCGCGUCCUACAAGUACCCGCGCCGGCUGGAAAAUUUGAAGCUCGCGGCAAGAGACGAGGCUUUGACCAGUAACGUGCUGAUCGGGUUCGAGAGUGACAGUUACAAGCGGAAUAAUGGGAAUAGUAGCUAUGUGGAUCGGAACAACACUUAUUCAUAUGCUCGGGAUAAUCACCACCACAACUCGUACCGCGGGUCAAGCGGGGGCGGUGUCAAGCGCGGGCGCGACGAGGACGAGCACUACUCGUAUAACCGCAGCUCCAAUAAUUAUCGGGAGAAUGACCGCGAUUACGACCGAAACACGCGGCAGCGUACGGAGCGUGGAUACAACAGUACAAGUGGUGGUGGUCGUGGGUACAGCUAUGGUGAUCGCGGUAACUACGACCGUAGCUCGCGUGAGCACCGCGACGAGCACCGACACUACAAUGACAGACACUCGGACCACCGAAACAACUACCAGUAUGACCGCCACGGAACCUCGGCCGCGUCGAGCAGUCAUGCCUACCGUGCUGAUACUCAGCCGUGUUACGGAGCGUACGGGCGCGGGCCGUACGACUACUACCGCGCGAUUCAGCGGGAUUCCCGUACCGUCACCAAUAACUACGGGUACGUCAACACGGUGCGCGGUGGGACGCCGACCGGCGUGCACGCCUACUACGACACGCGCGCCGGAGUCGCCGGGGCGAGUUCCUCAAGUGCGGUGCACCAUCCGCAAGUGGUCCAUCAUACGCAAGCGGUGUAUCAACAGCCCGCGGUCUCGUCGAGCCAGGUGGCCUAUCCACCGUUACGACCGGUCUUUGGCUGGGGACCACCGUACUAACCGGGGGUCGUCGCACCCGCAAAACUCUUGAGUAUCGGGACCACCACAGUCGAUUGGAAUCUUCUUCCUUAUUGUCUGAAGGUGCAUAAUUCUCGCCCUUGAUUUAAGCCAGUUUCUCUCUCUUUGUGUGUAAUGGUGACUUUUUACGUGCGCUAUGGGUUCAACAAUCGACUCCUGUACACAAAUUUUGCAAAAUUGUAAUGUGAUUUCACUAGUAGCUCUAGUUCUAAAAGUAUGCAAAAGGACGAGCCGACUCUUCUGUUGAUUUGUGGGGCCUGCAAAAGGAAUAGUUGACGGGUUUUCAAUCAUCUUUGUUGGCUUUUCGCUGGGCUGGGCGUCUCUCAUUAAUGCGUAGUAUGUCGUGGGUAUCUUUUUUGCAAAGUUCAAAGAACGUACGAGCACAGAUAGAAAGUGAGAUGCAGACUCGAGUAGCUGAAAUUUAGGAUUUUUUACCACGUUGGAAAAAUGACUCUCGCACAAUGCUCAACAAUGCGUAAAGAUGUAUGUGUACUUGCUUGACGUAAUUUACUAUGUGACGACAAAUGGUUCCCGCUUGAUAUUGGCAUUUAUUUCUUACCACGACGGCACAAAUUUGCACAGUAGCCGCUUUGAGACGUAAAAAACAAACACAGUCUAUGUUGUCGCUGACAGUACUUAUUCAGUUUUAGAAAACAAAAACUUCUGGCAGUUCGCCGGUCGUAAUUCUCGUAAAUUUUUACCGUUUCAAACAUUUUUGGCAAUUUAACAGUUUACAACUCUACGAAGUUCUCUCUUCACUGAAUCUAUUUUCUUGCCGCUUCAAUGCGGAAUUUGAAUUUCUUUACCAAGUAUCACUCCGAUAUUUUUUCUGUACGAUAGAUUCUUUUGUUUUCAUUCUAUUUUCAAAUUUUGUUUUCUUUGGAAUUCCGUACGCUCAAAACUAUUUUCCUUUGGAC